UUUAAGAAAUAUAAAAAUAAAACGAUUGCGGGCUUGGCCUCCCGGAUCAAACCGAGUGGCGGUCGCCGCCGCCGCCGCCGCGUAUCAAGCGCAAUCCGUUUCGAUCUUUUCGUCCUCCUCGUUUCAUCAUCUCGCCGCCGCGUCGAGCUACCUCCUCGGCCAGCGAAGCCGCGAAGGAAGGGAAGGGAAGAGGACGCCAUGGCGACCGCUUCGGUUACGUUCAAGUCUCGGGAGGAUCACCGGAAGCAGCUCGAGCUCGAGGAGGCCCGUAAAGCGGGGCUCGCGCCCGCGGAGGUCGACGAGGAUGGGAACGAGAUCAACCCCCACAUCCCCCAGUACAUGUCCUCGGCCCCGUGGUAUCUUAAUACCGAGAAGCCCAGUUUGAAGCAUCAGAGGAAAUGGAAGUCAGAUCCUAACUACACCAAGUCAUGGUACGAUAGGGGCGCGAAACUUUUCCAGGCCAACAAGUACAGGAAAGGCGCUUGCGAAAACUGUGGAGCCAUGACUCAUGAUAAGAAGUCAUGCAUGGAGCGACCUCGAAAUGUGGGAGCUAAAUGGACUAAUGUCAACAUAGCUCCUGAUGAGAAAGUUGAAUCGUUUGAGCUUGACUAUGAUGGGAAGCGUGAUCGCUGGAAUGGUUACGACCCAUCAACCUACACUCGUGUUAUCGCUGACUAUGAAGCUAGAGAAGAGGCUAGGAAAAAGUAUCUGAAAGAACAACAGCUAAAGAAACUUGAGAAGGAUAGUGAACAGGAUGGUGAGAAUGCUGGAAGUGAAGAUGAUGAAGAAGAUGGCCUGAGGAUAGAUGAGGCCAAAGUUGAUGAGAGUGCCCAAAUGGAUUUUGCUAAAGUAGAGAAGCGUGUGCGCACAACCGGUGGUGGAAGCACCGGAACUGUUAGAAACUUGCGUAUCAGAGAAGACACUGCUAAAUAUCUUCUGAAUCUGGAUGUGAACUCUGCAUAUUAUGAUCCAAAAACCCGCUCCAUGAGAGAAGACCCCUUGCCAGAUGCAGAUCCCAAUGAUAAGUUCUAUGUGGGUGACAACCAAAACCGACUUAGUGGACAAGCUCUGGAGUUCAAGCAACUAAACAUCCAUGCAUGGGAAGCUUUUGAUAAGGGACAGGAUAUCCAUAUGCAAGCAGCCCCAUCUCAAGCUGAACUACUGUACAAGAGUUUCAAGAUCAAAAAAGAAAUGUUGAAGUCUGAACAUAAGGAUAAAAUUAUGGAGAAGUAUGGGAAUGCUGCGUCAGAAGAUCCAAUUCCUCGGGAGCUGCUUCUUGGACAAAGUGAAAGAGAGAUUGAGUAUGACCGGACUGGUCGAAUAAUCAAAGGACAGGACGUAUCUCUUCCCAAGAGCAAAUACGAAGAAGAUGUUUUCAUUAAUAAUCACACGACUGUGUGGGGUUCAUGGUGGAAAGAUCAUCAAUGGGGCUACAAAUGCUGCAAGCAGACUAUAAAAAAUAGUUACUGCACAGGUUUGGCUGGAAUCAAGGCUGCUGAGGCAUCAGCAGAUCUGAUGAAGGCCAAUAUGGCCCGCAAGGAGGCUGCAGAAGAUGAAUCUGCACAACAUGAAGGAAAGCGACUAGCAACUUGGGGAACUGAUGUGCCUCAGGAUCUUGUUCUUGAUAAGAAGCUGCUUGAUGAAUCUCUAAAGAAGGCGGCUGCAAGGAGGAAAGAGGAGAAGGAUGAACGGAAGAGGAAAUAUAACGUAAAAUGUGACGACGAGGUUACUGCCGAAGAUAUGGAGGCCUACCGUUUGAAGAGAAUUCACCACGAUGAUCCUAUGAAAGAUUUUCUCCGCUAAGCGUUAUAUUCACCCUGCUGUCGCAUGUAUCAGUAGAACCCUGCCUUGCAAUGAUGAUGUUGUAUAAUCUAAGCUGGCUAUAUUCCUUCUUUAACCAGAGCGUGAUAAUGUAGAAUGUAAGCUGGCUACGCCUUCGCUAAUUGGAGUGAGAUAAUCUAGGGCCUUAUGUUCUAUUUCCCGGUGUCUCCAUCCUUGGCCGGAUGGUUAAGCUUGUAAUGCUGAUUUUUCUGUGGUAUGAAGAAGGAAUGGUGUACAUCGCAGAAUGAAAAUGUGCUUCUUUGCUGU